CACAGAUCAAGAUUUUAAAUUCAAGAAUUCCAAAAGUUUUAAAGCAUUAAUUAAAAAAUGGAACAAUUCACAAUCCCUAAUACUUUUAAGGCAGCCUAAUUAGUUGAAUACGGAAAAGAUCUGAAGAUUGUAGAGUUAGAAACACCACAAUUGCAAGAAGGACAAAUUUUGAUCAAGGUGGAAGCAGCCCCAGUCAAUCCAUCAGAUUUACUGUUGAAUGGUGGAAACUACCCUGCCGGAAAGGUCUUACCUGCAACCCCAGGAAUUGAGGGUUCAGGAAUUGUAGUCUAAUUAGGGUAUUUGCAUAAAGUUAUCCCUUAGGCCAAAUGUAAAUAAUGUUAAGUUAGGGGCUAAAGUUGCAUUCACUGCCCACCAAAACUAUGGCAGCUAUAGUCAAUAUACUGUUACAACCAAUCAAUAAGUAAUCCCACUUGAUGAUGACAUCUCCUUUGAAUUAGGAGCAUCCUCAAUAGUAAACCCUGUUACUGUUCUCCUCAUGUUGGUAGAAACAUAAGAAUUGGGAGCCAAGGCAGUUGUCCAUACUGCUGCUGGUUCAGCCUUAGGAAGAAUGUUAGUUCGAUAUUUCUAAGAUUCUGGAAUAGAUGUGAUCAAUGUUGUCCGAAGACCAGAACAAGCUGAUCUCCUUAAAAAAGAAGGUGCCAAAUAUGUCUUAAAUUAAACAUCAGAAACCUUCUUCCAAGACUUGAAUGUGUUAGCUACUUAAUUGAAGUAAUAUUCCUAUUUCAUUUUUUUAGUGCCACUGUCUUCUUUGAUGCCAUAGGAGGAAGUUUGACAGGUUAGAUACUCAGCUAAUUACCAAACAAAUCAACAGCCUUCGUUUAUGGAUUGUUAUCAGGAUAACCUGUCAGUGAUGUCACUGCCAAUGAUUUGCUUUUCAAGAGCAAGACUGUUAAGGGAUUUUGGCUUACCACUUCAGUCCACAAGUAUAAUCCAUUUGCUGAUGUCGAUGCACGAAAGAAAUUAAACGAACUACUCAAAACGACAUUAAAAACAGAAUAUGCUAACCAAUAUCCUUUAGAACAAAUAAAUGAAGGAAUUGAGUUCUAUAAAGCAAAUCAAACUUAAAGGAAGAUCUUGAUUAGACCAAAUCAGUGAACCAGUAUAUAUAUUAAGUAACAAUUAUUAUAAAAUUUUAUAUUAUA